AUGCCGAGGCGAAAAGCAAGAGUAGUUUCAUCACCAACAGCAUCAUUGCCACCAUGUCCCGGCCCGAAGCUGAGACCUUUCCGGCACCAGGACGCUUCCAUCAAGUGGGGUCCAAGACUCGAUACAGCUCGUCCAGAAACCGGUAGCCAAGGCUUCGUUUUCCAAGCUGAGAUCGCAUCGCGCCAAUACGCGAUAAAAGUAUUCAAAUUCUACCACCCGAAAAGCAACAAGUUUUAUUGGGAAACCUACCUAGGAAAGUCUUAUCCUUUGAGAAAGGCCCUGUUUUACACGGAUCCAUUCUACGCGGAAUGUCGAGCGUAUGGAAGAAUCAAGGAGACUCGAGACGAACGGAAGGUAAAAGCAAAUGUCGCAACACGAUGCCAUGGAUAUCUAUUCUUACGUACCGAAGAUAUGAAUUUCCUUCGAAGAGAAGCGGGCAUAGAUUUCGACACGAAUGUAAUUGACGAGAGUCUAAAGCGCGCUCUAGGUGGAAACAUUCAAGUCAGAGCUAUAGUGAAAGACCUCGAAACUGGACAAACAGGCGUUCAAAAGCAUAACAUUGAACAUGCGUGGAGGAAUGUCAGCUUGCUGAACAGCUUAGGCAUUUAUAACCGCGAUAUACGAGCGGAUAACUUCAUGAACUGUCGCAUUGUCGACUUUGGAUUGUCUUGGACCGAGCCUCAUGCUAUUUUGGAUAACGCAGAUGUAGAUGAGGCCAGAGAGCAGAGACUAGGCGAUUGCGCUCAGUUUGAGGAGAUGGCGGAACUGGAAGGUAUCAAGACGACCGCGAAGAUACCGCCUUUCCGUUAUAAUUUGCGACCUAGGAAGAAAACGUGGAAGGCUGCGUAG